AUAUCGAAAAGUUGUUUAGCUAAAACUAGCUAAAACAAAAUAUAAUAAGUGCAUUAGCUCAACUACAAAUGGCGGCUCAAACUACCUAUAAAAUUAUAAAAGACGCAGGUCUGGUUCGUGUAGAAGAUUGUUCUUCUGAUGACAGCGCUGUUCCGGUUCCAGUCCGUCAAAAAGUGCCAUCAUUUCCACGGUUCAGUGACAGUGACAACGAAGAAUUUUUAAAGCUUUUCAAAUUCGCACUACGAGAAGCGGAUGAUUCGAACCUAAAGGAUUGGUCAUCGCAAACCAUCAAAAUGAAUGGCAAGGAAUUGCUCGUGUGGGAACCACAAGCUAUGCCACCAGAUAUUGAUGAUGAUGCUGAUGAUGAUGAUGAUGAUGAUGAUGAUGAUCAGGAGGAUGCUGCAGAGGUGAUGGAUGCAGAUGUGAUGGCUGUUUGCAACGAUAAACUGACAGAACAGCAAGACAAACCAGAGCCACUUGUAUUCGAUUAUGGACUGAGAGAAUUUUUGGUGGAUAUGGAGAAGAUGCAACGAGAGCCACGUCCCGAUAAGCACAAGCAUUGUCGGCACAAGCAAAAACAACCACUCAAAGACGUGCAGGUUGAGAGUAAACCGAGCUUGGCCAGCAGCGCAGACAAUGUUGAAUAUUUACAAAUUGGCGCUGCCGGAGAUUUUCGCAGCUAUUUUGAAUUAGAUACGCAGAGCCUAAAGCUGUUGAGGAAAGUGGCAAAGCCUGCUACGAAAAAGUCUACUACAACGUUUAGCAUGAGAAUAGUCAAAUAUUUAAAGCACUUUUAUAAUGCAUGCGCUCGAAAAGAUCAUCCAUACUUCCUGUGGCCCGUUUGCGAGGGAUAUUAUGCCACACAGCUGCUGCUAACAAAGAAGAAACUACUGAAGCUAAAGCAUGAUGUACUCGAUAAGCGUGUCGUGAGAUAUAUAAAGAAAAAAAAGAAGCAGCCGCUGACAGAGCAACGAGUGACACUACACGUAACGGAAAUUCAAGCGCAGUAUAUGAUUUGCAGCUAUUGCCGCAUAUUGUAUGAACGGAGCAAGGCCAAAAGUUUGCCCCAGCAGGAUCGUUUGAGCCUGCGUGCACGCUUUGCUGCAAGCAACAUAGAACUGUUUAUGCUGGAGAGUAACGAACGCGAGUUUAACUGCCUUCAGUUUUUUAACUGGACUAAGCUCAAUGAACGCAGAUUAUUUGCUCUAUAUGAGUCAACGUUGCAAGCGGCUAGGGCGCGCGCUAAGCUUGCAGCUGAAAAACGUUUUGUCAAACGCACGCCCAACAUUGGGGCCAUAACUGAUUUUUAUGAACGCGGUAUUAUACCACAAUUUGAUGUCAAGUCUACUAGUAAAUGGCCACGUACCUAUAGAAGCUAUGAGCUUCCCACAACGGCUGCUGCUGCUGAAGGCUUUAGAUGCCCGCUAGAUAAUUGCAAAUGUACCAUAAACGAUCUCAGCCUAUUGGCGCAUUUUCUUAACGCUCAUUGUCGUCUGCUGCAGGAGCUGUGGCUAAAGGAUCGUCUAGUACUAGUCAUGCAUCCCUAUACCUACACAGCAGAAGGAACUUACUGCCUUUUCGUGCUGCCUCUAUUGCGUGAACAACCCAGCAGCCAGCUACCGCUUCCAACUCAGAUCCGCAAUCGGGACUUGCCCCCCUUUCACUUAUACUUUGCACAACAUUUACCCUGUUUGCUAAUGCUGAGCAUCGUCAGUCGACAACGCUUGCUGGACCCACAAAACACAGCCGACUUUAAAGCGAACUGCGUGUAUAUCUUUUGGUUGGCCUCGACGUCUAACUAUCCAAGCAAUCUGGGCGCACGCAUUUACAUCUACUCCAGAACGCAUUCUACUUAUAAUAGCGGCAUGUGCACAUUGGAUUUUAUUAAGUUGAACGAGUUUCAUAACAUUUCUGAUUUUCUGCAACGUUUUGAGGGCAACUAUAUGGCCUUAGAUAUUGCUGCAUUGGCAGAGUUAACGAAAAAUUUUACAGAACUAUUUUUUUUAGAUAUACGCUAUAUAGACAAGCAGGAAUAUAAAUCUGAUGAGUCUGGCGAGGAACACAAAUGGCGUUUUUCAGUGUCGAUGGAUGCUGCAAGUUCAAAUGAUAAAUAAAAACCGAAGAUUUAAAAACCACAUCAAAGUUUUAUAGAAUCUUUAGUAAAUGGCAAUUUAAAU